CACGUCAUAAGCCUGCGUCAAUGACGCAAUGACCGGCGGACAGAAAAAUGACCCGAACGGUGUCGGAAAGUGUUCAUUUCGCUGGUGAGUUCGCGACACAGGCACCGACAUAGAAUUCCCCAGACGGUGAGCUGAUGUGCGGCGCUGCAGAGUCGUGGGAGCCGCUCAGGACGAGACCUACAUGAGGUGACGGCGGACGGUGCUCAUCGCCGCCUGCACGCCGUAGAACAAUGCUGUCCCUGCUCCGGGGAGGUGCGGCAGCGGCCGGUGUCUCGCGUUGUGCACGAACGGCGACGCAGAGCAGGCUAGCAGCGCGCGGGCUGUGCCGCGGACUCCCAGCUCACGCCGCCCGGUGCCGCAGCCCGGCGUCGCCCGCGGGUCGAGGACCAGCCGCCGGCAGGCAGCUGAGCUGCUCUGGCGCACUCCGCGGGUCGGAGCCUCCGUCCACAGGUCCGAGCAGUUGGUCACUCAGGAGCCACACCUGUGGAGAACUGAGAUCAGACAAUGUGGGAGACAGAGUCACUCUGUGCGGCUGGGUCCAGUACCUCAGACAGGAUCUGUUUGUCAUCUUGCGAGAUUUCAGUGGCCUGACGCAAAUUUUAAUUCCUCAAGAACAAUCUGCAAGUCAUUUGAAAGCAGUUCUGUGUGACCUCACAGCAGAGUCUGUCAUCAAGGUUACAGGAACCGUCAGACGACGACCAGCAGGACAGGAGAACAAGGUGAUGGCAACAGGAGAAAUAGAAGUCCUUGCUGAGAACGUGGAGGUUUUCAAUGUGUGCCGCCAACUGCCUUUUGAGAUUAAAGACUUUGUCAAAAAAUCGGAGUCUUUGCGGAUGCAGUAUCGCUACCUGGACCUGAGGUCCACUCAGAUGCAGAGGAACCUCAGACUGAGAUCUCAGCUGGUGAUGAAGAUGAGAGAAUACCUCUGUAAUGUACACGGUUUUGUCGAUGUGGAAACUCCCACUUUGUUCAAAAGAACACCAGGGGGAGCCAAAGAGUUUGUGGUUCCUUCCAGAGAGCCUGGCAGGUUCUAUUCCCUCCCCCAGAGUCCACAGCAGUUUAAACAGCUUCUCAUGGUGGCUGGUAUCGACAGGUACUUCCAGGUGGCUCGGUGCUACAGAGACGAGGGCUCCAAGCCAGACAGGCAGCCAGAGUUUACCCAGGUGGACAUUGAGAUGUCUUUUGUUGACCAGGCAGCGAUCAUGUCCCUGGUGGAGGGCUUGUUACAGUAUUCCUGGCCCGCAGGGACCGGUCAGAUUAAAGUUCCUUUCCAAACCAUGACUUAUGAAGAGGCCAUGAGGGACUAUGGUGUGGACAAACCCGAUACUAGAUUCAACAUGAAGCUGAUCGACCUCAGUGAGAUUUUCUUAUCUGAGGAAAUUGAAUUUCUGAGAUCCGCUCUCAGUCGCCCAGGAGGCUGCGUUAAGGCCAUCUGUGUCCCCGGUGGAGCGAAACUUUUCUCUGGGAAAGAUUUGGAAGUACUGAAACAUUUUGCCAAGACUCAGUUUGGACAGGAGUUGAGCGUGGUGCUAAUCAGAGCAGACAGGACGUUGAAGUCUCCCCUGAAAAAGCUGCUGUCUGUCUCGUCCACAGAGGAGCUGCUGAGCAGUACUGGAGCCAAACCUGGAGACCUGCUGCUGAUAGCAGCUGGUUCCCUCCACACUGUGAGCCCAUUGCUGGGCAGUCUUCGCCUGCAGUGUGCCGAGCUCCUGGAGUCUCACGGCCUUUCACCACGAGACCUUUCAGCCUUACACUUCCUGUGGGUUGUGGACUUCCCUCUCUUCUUGCCUAAAGAGGAUGAGCCGGAGCAGCUGGAAUCAGCCCAUCAUCCAUUUACUGCUCCACUGCCCGAGCACUCGCAGCUUCUUUACACCGAGCCGCACAAGGUACGUGGUCAGCACUAUGACCUGGUGCUGAACGGCUGUGAGAUCGGGGGAGGAUCCAUCCGUAUCCACAAGGCCUCAGAGCAGCAUCAUGUCCUGAAGAAUAUCCUCAAGGAGGAUCCCAGUCUCCUCUCUCACCUGCUGGACGCUCUGGGAUCAGGAGCGCCACCACAUGGAGGCAUUGCUUUGGGUUUAGACAGGCUGGUCUCCAUCAUGGUCAGGGCUCCCAGCAUUCGUGACGUCAUUGCUUUCCCCAAGUCAUUCCGGGGUCAUGACAUCAUGAGCAACGCCCCUGACUUUGUAUCUGAGGAGGAUCUGAAGUCUUACCACAUCUCCGUAAGAUGGCCACCAGAGCAAGGAGGAAAAGGAGAAGAGGGGAACUAAGGAGAUGAAGAGAGGUUAUCUCUGUAACCAUGACAACCAGGGAAAGCAGAUGAAGAUGAGCAGUCAUCAGACAAACCCAGCUGCCCGGCAGAGGAGACGGAGUGGAGGAGGAGGUGGCGUUUUGGCUGAAUCUCAGUAUUGUUACUUUGAAAUGGAAGAGAACGUGGACUCAGUCUGGAGCCUUCAGUCUGGAGACAGAGUUCAGCGAAGAAGACCAGAUUAUUAAGACUCACUGAUGAUGGGUGUUUAAUCCCAGAUCCCCCAAAUGUUUCAGAACAUUGCUCUUGCUCUGGAGAGAAACACUUCAGACCUGUAAUUUGCUGGGAUGCAAAACGCGUUAAGGCAUCCUAGAGGGCAAUGUCACUAAUACUGCUGCAUGUCCAGUGGUAUCCGAAUAAUUGAAAUUGAGACUUAUUUACUCUCUUAGCUCAGUCCUUGUCUAGUGACUGAGUCAGGUGUUAGUCCACCACAACAUGAAAUAACUUAUUUAUCAAACCGUUGAGAUUCUGUAUACAGAGGCAUCAACAUUUCCCACUUCUCUGCUCCAGUUAUUCAGGGUUUUCUGUUCAUUUCCAGAAUUUGAGUAGAGCUGAAACAAUUAGUGGAUCUUAGCAUUUCAAUUAAUUAUUAAUUGCAUUCAUUAAUUGCAUCAAAUUGUUGAAAUUACAAAAAAAAUGUUUCCCUUCA